AUGAGCAAUUUUGGUCAGAUUAACGUGUUUAAAGAACUUCUUAGUAGUUGGAACGACACCAACAUCUCAUGGGAUAAGAAUCAGUGGGGUCUGAGCUGGUUGAACUUUUACUGGAUUCAGAUUUGGACGCCACAAAUUGUUCAACUGAACGGUGCAUCCACCUCAAAUCCUGGCCAAGUAUCAAGUAAAGUGCUGGCAGCGAACUACACAGGGCAAGUAUACCUCUGGGCUGACUUCUCGUUCACGACUCCAUUCAAAUUCCAAUAUGAGGACUAUCCAAACGAUAUGCAAAAUGUGUGCUUUAAAUUCGACGAUAAGCGACUUCUUGCCGUUCACUUCACAGUGUCGGACGCAGUAAAGGGUAAGGAAAGGGAGGCGACUACUGAUCCUUUCGUCUCCGGAUGGAAAGUCGUCGACGUCGAAGUUAAGGAGUCGCCGUUUUCGUUGGAGGCGCUCUCGGAUCCCAGAAAAAAUCCGUUCGACGUGCAGUCGGACAACUGUGAGCUCUGUAUAUCUCUUCAGCGGAAUGCCGUCUACUUUACUACAGAAAUGCUGUUACCUGCUUUAAUUACUUCGCUCUUCACACUGACUGCCGUCUUUUUCCAGCUAUCCAAGACUCAACCUAUGCUACUCAGCUUCUCAAUUGUGUCACAAAUCCUCUCCCUUAUCCUUCUUUCUCAACGACUGCCAAGCUUCACCGCCCACACUCCAACUAUACUAAAGUUCGCUGGCUUCAAUCUGGUGAUGACGGCUAUGCUGUUCGUGGUUUCUCUCGUUCUGGAGCGACUAGCAGGCUACUCGGCUCAAAUUCCACCACCUCAUUCAAUCGACCGAUUCGUCCUGAUCGUUGACCGCUUUCUGCCACUUCCUAAGCAGUCCAAACACGAAGACGAGUCUAUGAAGUACAGCGCCUUAUCUCACGCCUGCAACCAUGUCAUCUUCGCGAUUUCAUCCAUCGUCUAUUUAUUUGUGAUACUUGGUUCGUUCGUGUUCUAA